UUUUUUUUUUUUAAUAAAAAUAAUUUGCAUUAUUAAUUUGCAUAUUUAUUUAUCUCAGCGUGUAGCCGUACCACGUUCAGACUUUCACUACUGAUUCUCGAGGCGUAUAAAUAAGCGCAGGAGACAAAUUACUUUCUGCGACUCCGGAUUAUACUUUUUGCGAUCGGUGCACUAUACGAUAUUUGCAUAUCGUGCAGAGAGCGGGAGAUCGUCUCCUCUUCUUCAUUCUUUAUUCGCCGACGGAGGUCGUCGCGUUACACAAAGUUUACGCGAAAUUCCAAGUCAAUCGUAAUUUGAUAUCUGGAAAAUGUCAAAACGGAGGGGAAAUAAACAAUGCGUUAUUAGCUCAGCUGCAAUCACGCAAAUACAAGAGCCGGUGUAUAAGCAGCGGAGAUAAGGUCGAAAUUUUGCAAAUUCCGAAAGUUCGCCGAACGGAUCCAGUCUGAGUUUAUGCGUGUGCGCGACAAGUCGCUUUUCCACCUGCGCGAAAAGCACGUGUGCAAAGAAGCCUCCAAAAAAGGCGCAAGCUCGAAGCCUGAAAUCGAAAAAUCGUUCCUCUCGAAAUCUCCUGCAAAAACGGAGCCUCGAUUAUCACUUGAACGGAUUAUAGGAGACGAGAGAGAGAGAGAGAGAGAGAGAGAGAGAGAGAGAGAGAGCGAUUGGCAAAGCGGCAUAAAAUAAGCGGUCCGACGACGACGACGAUCUGGUCGGCGCGCCGUGUGUUAAAUCGUGCAACACCGCGGCGCUCACGCACACAUACCGUGAGAGAGAGAGAGAGAGAGAGAGAGAGAGAGAGAGAGAGAGAGAGACACACACAUACACGCGCGGUGGUGCUGCUGCAGAGCAGAGAGCAGUCGCGCGCGCGUUAUCCUUUCUCUCUUCUUUCUCCUCUCUGUUGUUCUGUUCUCGGUCUCGGGCUGCAGCAGCCGCGCGUGCGACACGCUGCUCUCGGGCUCUUCCUCCUCCCCGACGACGAGCCAGUGUUGCACGGUGUCCAUAACCUACCUAACGCAGCUAGUUCUCUCUCGAACAUGCGCCGACGGCGACGAGCAGUUUCCCGCUCCUAGCGCGUGCUUCCGCGAGUGUGCGCGAACCAGCGUCGCCGAGUGAGACGGACAGAGAUAAGGCGAGAAGAUAACGCAUCGCCGCCGAACCAGUGCGAGAGAGAGAGAGAGAGAAAGAGAGAUAGCUACAGUGCGUCGUCGCGCAGGACAGGAAUUUACACGCACAGAGGGAGAGAUCGUGCGUCGAGAGAGAAGAAUAUCGCGGGAAGAGAGAAUCGAGCGGUGCGUGUGCGUGCGACACCUCGAUGAGGAGGAGGCUCUGCUGCGGGGCAGCCGGUCGGCGGCGGCUCUGUGCCGGGCGUGCAGCAACCAGCUGCCGAGGAAGCAACGUUCCAGCGAGGACCGGCCAGUCCCUCUGACAGCUACUCGCUCGCGUUUACGCACAUCUUCCUGCGGUCCAGCACGUCAACUACGUCCCGUACGACACCUUCCCCAGGGAAUCUUUCGUCUCGUGCAUGGCUGAACUCAGACACUUCGGCAAGGGAUGGCAGGGAAGGAUGGAAAACUCGAACCCCAAGAAAAUGAUAUUGUGAGGCAAGGCUUCAUGGUGAAGCGCUCGCAGAACAAGAAGCGCUUCACACCUGUCAAUUACAAGCAGCGCUGGUUCGUCUUGACCCGUCAGCAUCUCGUCUACUACGAUGGAAACGGCGAGAGGCGCAAGGAGCGCGGCAGGAUCGCCGUCGAGAGCGUCCACGUCGUGGAGAUGGCCACCCUUGGGGGCAGCGCGACUGAAGUGGCCGGGAGUGAUUCCAGCGGCGGUGGUGGUGGGGGUGGAGGCGGUGGUAAUGUACCCCCAGGCCUACCAUUCCAGGUUGGCUAUCGCGAGGCCGGACAGGAGUACACCCUAUACCUCGUCGCCGCCAGGGAGCAGGACAGGGCCGACUGGAUUCGAGCCAUACGCGCAGUGUGCAGCGAGAACCCGGGACUCAGCGGACGUUACCACGCGGGUUUCUGGAGCGGCAAGCGUUGGUCCUGCUGCCGCAUGUCGACGCGCUCCGCCGAGGGCUGCGACACCUGCAGCUCCUGGUCGACCUCCUCGUCGAAGCCCAGCGCUGGUGGUGGUGCCGCUCCGAGCAUAACCUCGUCCAACAGCGCCGAGAGGCAACUCCAGUCGUCCAACGCCACCACUGGAAGCACCGCCACGACCACUUGCUCCGAGACCAACAACAACCCUGUUGUUCAGUCGCAGGCACGCUCCAAUAACGCUACACCUGCAACUCCAGUGAUGCCGGGCGGAACGCCAGGAACGCCGUCUUCCAAGGCCAAGGAGAAGCUGAUGAUACGGAGCAAAGUGGUGGUCGCCCUUUAUCCGUUUCGAGCUAUUGAGGGAGGCGAUUUGUCUCUUGAAAAGGGGGCGGAAUACGAGGUGCUAGAUGACUCCCAAGAACACUGGUGGAAAGUCAAGGACGAGCAUGGAUCGAUCGGCUACAUACCCAGCAACUACGUCAAGGAGAAAGAGCUCCUCGGUCUCCAAAAAUAUGAGUGGUACGUGGGCGACAUGUCGAGGCAGCGCGCCGAGUCGCUCCUCAAGCAGGAGGACAAGGAAGGCUGCUUCGUCGUUCGCAACUCGUCCACGAAGGGCCUCUACACGCUGUCCCUCUACACAAAAGUCCCACACCCGCACGUAAAGCAUUAUCACAUCAAGCAGAAUCAAAGAGGGGAAUUCUACCUGUCGGAGAAGCAUUGUUGCGGUUCGAUUCCAGAUCUCGUUAAUUAUCACAGACACAACAGCGGCGGGCUAGCCAGUCGGCUAAAGGCCAGCCCCUGCGAUCGGCCUGUUCCACCGACCGCCGGACUAAGCCACGAUAAAUGGGAGAUCGACCCGGCCGAGCUUCACCUGCUCGAGGAGCUUGGUUCCGGGCAGUUUGGUGUCGUGCGCAGAGGCAAAUGGCGCGGAUCCAUCGACGUCGCCGUCAAGAUGAUGAAGGAGGGCACCAUGUCCGAGGACGACUUCAUCGAGGAAGCUAAAGUCAUGACUAAACUGCAACAUCAGAACCUAGUCCAGCUGUACGGCGUCUGUAGCAAGGAUAGGCCCAUCUACAUAGUCACGGAAUACAUGCGUCAUGGAUCUCUAUUGAACUACCUCCGUCGUCACGAAACUACACUCGGAUCGAAUGUUGGACUGCUUUUGGAUAUGUGCAUACAGGUCUGCAAAGGAAUGGCAUACUUGGAAAGGCAUAAUUACAUUCACAGGGAUCUGGCUGCUCGCAAUUGUCUCGUCGGCUCGGAGAACGUUGUGAAAGUAGCCGAUUUUGGCUUGGCUAGGUAUGUCUUGGACGAUCAGUAUACAAGCAGCGGCGGAACCAAGUUCCCGAUAAAGUGGGCUCCACCCGAGGUCUUGAACUACACGCGAUUCAGCUCCAAAUCCGAUGUCUGGGCUUACGGAGUAUUGAUGUGGGAAGUAUUCACAUGCGGCAAAAUGCCAUACGGACGGCUCAAGAAUACCGAAGUCGUGGAGCGCGUGCAGCGUGGAAUCAUUCUGGAAAAACCGAAAGCUUGCUUCAAAGAAGUUUAUGAGGUAAUGAGGAAAUGCUGGGCCCACUGCCCGGAGGUGCGACCAUCGUUCCGCGUGCUGAAAGAACAGCUGAUUAACGUAUCUCAGGGCCUGCUCAACGAUUGACUCAGUCUCCUGCGGUGCUUACGUUUCUCCUCGCCGAGUUCCGGCGGCAGCGGCCGCACCACAACCAUUACCACGACCAACGCCAGCACGACGAUCCAGCUGCAGGCGCCACGCUCGCCCUUCCUCGAGCGCAGCGUGGCCUCUCUCCUACCGAGCGCCCUCUCCCCCUCCAACAACGUCUCCUCCUACAACUCGGCCACCCUGCCAGCCUCGCACCGCGUCAGGAGCAACGCAUCGCUGCCUAGCGCCGCCGAGCUGCUUCAGCUCUCCUCGACACUCUGCCGUGCCUCCAAGAAGUCCUCGUCGCGCGAUUCGCGGGAUUCGCGCGACUCUAGCCGCGAGCGCGACAAGAUCAUCAUCGCGGCUAGCACGGGCAGUGGAGGCAGCGGCAGGACGACCUCCUCUUCGAAACGUGAGAGCGGCGCCUCGAGCGCGAGCCCGGCGAGGCACGACGACCUGCACCACUCUCAGCACCAGCAACAGCACCACAAUACGACGUCGAGCUCGCCGAGCGUCUGCGACAUUUGUAGUUCCUACGGGCAUCCGUGGAUCGAGAUCUGCAAGGCCAUUCGCGCUACCAAGGGCAAGUGAGCCUAUGAUAUACGCGAGGACAGACGCGCCGAACUUUUUAGCGGUUUUGUCGCCGCGGCUACAUAAUUCUUUUCCCCCGAAUUUCCGAAACGAUGAAAGAAAGAGAGUGAGCGAGGCGAGAAGGGGCGAAAAUCGCCACGAGGACGGCUUCGAAUUAUCGCUUGGCUUUGAUCGAAUGCCAUAUUUUGUUGUUUAAGCGUGCUGUAUUUUUCAUCGGUAACUUUGUUUUUUUUCCAAAGAAGCUGGACGAUUUAGUUUCAAUGCUUUGAUCGAAAAAGGUUUUUUCUUUGGCAAAUGAACCGGUGACAGCAAACACACGAUACACGUAUAAACAAAAAAAUAUGUAUUUUCAAAUAAAGCUAGACUCAGUGUUUGAGAACAUAAUAAGAAAAAUUAUAGAUCGACAAAUCACUUUUUACCACACAUUGGAUGACCUCUUUUUAGGACUUUUUAAGGAGACCAAGAUUGUACGCGAAUGAAAAUAAUAAGCGACUCGUCAUUUUUAUAAAUGCGCAUCAACCGUUUGACACAUUGGGGAUAAGUGUUUCAUGUAUGUAUGUUGGAGAGCUGCCCCCAUCGAUGCUUCGAAUCGAGUACAAGAGUGAUUUAAAAGUGACUUUUUAUUGUAUAUUUUUUACAUGUGUAUUUUUCUGUGACGAGCAAAUAGCAGGCAUCGAAUGCAUUAUCAAUGUGGUUUAUAAGGGGACCAGGAAUGCAUUUGGCUUUUCCAUCUGAUCCCUGUCGAGUCUUUCCUUAAACUUGUGUAAAACAAUGCGUUUCUCUUAAAGAAUUUUUAGUUCUCUUUGAAGAAUAUCUUCCUUGCUCGUAAAUAAGAAAAGUAUCUCUUAAACGAUCGCUGUCUUUUAAUCUGCAUUUUUUGCGUUUACACUUAUAUCUUUGGUGAUUAGGUUAAGUGAGGAAAAGUUGAAAAAAUCCGAUGCGAUUUAUAUAUUGCAGCUCGAUUGAUAAGAUGCCACCGAAGUCAUUGUUGAAUUUAAAUUUCAUCAAAGACUAGUGAUUAUUUAAUACGCCAGUAUGGUGAAAAGUGAUAAUACAAUAUAGUUUAAUACGCAGGAUCAUAAUUUUUUCCCGACAACUUCUAAUCUACGUGUAGGUAUACUGACUGACAAAAAACUUUAAGUCCUUCCAACAGAAAAAUAAAUAAAUAAAAAUAAAUGAAAACUGGAUUCAUUGAUUUUGUAUCCGCAUGAUAUGGGCAGUGAAACUUCUGGAUAAAUGUUUGAACUGCCUAGCAUAAAGUGUAAUCAUUGUGAACCGAAUCAUAUAUCGCUAAAAGUUAUCAUAACAACGAACACAUACGACAUACGAAUACAGAUAAUUACGGGCGCUUGAAUGUUAAGAAGUAAAAAUAUUGUCAGUCCAAGUAACAGAAGAAACAUUGAUUCGCAAUAAUCUUUACUAUUAUUAUUAUCAUUAUUUUUAAUAUUACUAUUAUUAUCCGAUGCGAUGCAAUGUUAGAUUUUCGUGAAUGAUCAAACAAUAAUAUGAAUAAAACAGGCAUAUGUACAUAUUAACCGAAUAAGUUUAGCGUAACUUUUAUGACAAAGGCGUCUGUUGAAUCGCAUCUGUACGAGUGAACUAUCAUUAAGUAUAAUUAUUGUCACUUUGUUAGAAACAAGAGAAACGAAUCUCUUAAAAAUUCACGGUCGUUAAUGCUAUACAUUCAUGUGAGUGAGCUAGGAUCCAAAAUUGUUCAGAAUUUGCAUUUCUGUUUGCGUAGGUAAAAAAAAGAAAAUGUAAAAUUUGACUAAACGUAUACUUACGGUCAAUUUUGGAGCCUAACUGUUACUUCAUAGACAUACAUAGUUUGUACUUUCUCAUUGAAACUGUCGCAUUGCUUUGAAAUCGAAAAUGAUUUCUUUGCUUAACUUUUAUUAUAGUCACUCAACAUUUUUACUUUAAUCAAUAGCGAUUGUACGAUCGAAGAACGAAAAAUCAGUGACUAAAUUAGAGAUUGAUCAUAUCGAACUGUUUUAUCUAGAAAACGUAGAGAAGAAAAUAUUUGUUAAUCUAAAAAUCAAGCAGAGCUUAACUGUAUUGGUUGAGCAACCAUUUCAGUCUCCCGUAAAGUACGUACAUAUGAAAUUUUGUUGAAUGAAAUGUCAUCGCUUUUAUAGUUAGUCUAGAAAUAAAAUGUUAUUUUACUGAAUGUA